AUAGUGAUUACAGUAUUUUUCAGGUUUUAAAGGCAUCCAUUUCUGCUCCAUCUAUAAGAAUAGGUGCUUCAGAGCUGCACAUGACAAACAUUGGAAGAAAUGUGGGAAGAACCUUUGAAGGCAUUCGUAAAGGAUGUACAUGAAGAUUCUAUAACAGUUUCGUUUGAAAACAACUGGCAACCAGAGAGACAAAUACCAUUCCAUGAUGUGAGGUUUCCGCCACCUGCAGGCUAUAAUAAAGAUAUAAAUGAAAGUGAUGAAGUAGAGGUUUAUUCCAGGGCAAAUGAAAAAGAACCCUGCUGCUGGUGGUUGGCUAAAGUGAGAAUGAUAAAGGGUGAGUUUUACGUAAUAGAAUAUGCAGCCUGUGAUGCUACAUACAACGAAAUUGUCACAAUCGAGCGUUUAAGAUCUGUGAACCCCAACAAACCGGCAACAAAAGAUACUUUUCAUAAAAUCAAACUGGAAGUUCCAGAAGAUUUAAGGCAAAUGUGUGCCAAAGAAUCUGCACAUAAAGACUUCAAAAAGGCAGUUGGAGCAUUUUCUGUAACAUAUGAUUCUGAAAACCACCAACUUAUUAUUUUGUCAAUCAAUGAUGUAACAACAAAGCGGGCAAAUAUGCUGAUUGAUAUGCACUUUCGAAGUCUUCGUACCAAGUUAUCCCUGAUUUUGAGGAAUGAAGAAGCUAGCAAACAGCUGGAGAGUUCUAGACAACUUGCAUCACGAUUUCAUGAACAGUUUGUUGUACGUGAAGACCUAAUGGGUUUGGCCAUUGGCACUCAUGGUGCUAAUAUUCAGCAAGCCAGAAAAGUCCCUGGAGUAACUGCUAUUGAUCUCGAUGAAGAUACAUGCACGUUCCAUAUUUAUGGAGAAGAUCAAGAUGCAGUGAAAAAGGCAAGGAGUUACCUUGAAUUUGCUGAAGAUGUCAUACAAGUCCCAAGAAACUUAGUAGGAAAAGUAAUAGGAAAAAAUGGAAAACUGAUUCAGGAGAUAGUGGACAAAUCGGGUGUUGUAAGAGUGAGAAUUGAGGCUGAAAAUGAUAAAAAUAUUCCACAGGAAGAGGGAAUGGUACCAUUUGUGUUUGUGGGAACCAAGGACAGUAUCACUAAUGCAACUGUUCUUCUGGAUUAUCAUCUUAAUUAUUUAAAG